UAAUUGUUGUGUGUUAUUUGUUAUACAAUGUCUUCAUUUCUUUGUUCUCUCCUUCUCACAUUCAUUUUCACAUCUCAAAUCAGCACAGCUACCACUGACGCUACAGGAAAAUUCCGAUACAUUUGUGAUCAAGGUAACGAUGAUGGUAACUACACAACCAACAGCACCUACCACACAAACCUCAAAACCCUUCUAUCCACUCUCACUUCCAACAAAGAUAUUAACUACGGUUUCUAUAAUUCCUCUUAUGGCGUAAACACCGACAAAGUAAACGCUAUUGGACUGUGUAGAGGAGAUGUCAAACCCGAUGAUUGUCAAAAUUGCCUCCAAAAUUCAACUGCCCUUCUAACACAACUUUGUCAAAAUCGAAAAGAAGCAAUUGGAUGGUACGACGAUGAAAAAUGCAUGUUGCGUUCCUCACACCGUUUAAUAUUUGGUAUCAAUGAAAUGGGACCUGCCAUGAUUGCAUGGAAUUUGCAGAACGCAACAAAGGAAGUCGAAGAUGAAUUUGAUAAAGGGCUGAAAAAUUUGUUGUAUAAUUUAAAAAAUUUAGCUGCAUCGGGGGAAAGUGACCUUAAAUAUGCUGUAGGAAGUGAUGUGAUUGGUCCAAAUAAUAAUCAAACCAUAUUUGCUCUUGUUCAAUGCACACCUGAUUUGUCUGAAACAUUGUGUGAUGAAUGUUUGGAUAAAUCUAUCAAAGAAAUCCCAAAUUGUUGUGACAAUAGAAUAGGUAUAGGUGGUAGAUUUCUUAGACCCAGUUGUUAUUUGAGAUAUGAAACCAAUUCACUUUUCUAUCAACAAACUCAAGAUUCACCUUCAUCAUCGUCAUCAUCACCAUCACCAACACCUUCACCAGCAUCAGUGCCAUCAUUCUCAGCUCCUCCUCCAUUUGCAGAAAACACUACUUCCUCUCCAGGAAAAAGCAACAACAGUACUACCAUAGGUAUCGCUCUAGGGGUACCAAUUGCUAUUGUUGUUAUGGUCUUCAUUUUUAUCUGCAUCUAUUUAAGACUAAGAAAGCCAAAGAAAACGUGUGAAGAAGUUCAAGAAGAAGAAGAAGAUGACAUAAUUGAUAUUACUACCGAGCAACUGCAAUUAGACUUCAACACCAUACGUAUUGCUACAAAUGAUUUCUCAGAUUCUGAUAAACUUGGAAAAGGCGGAUUUGGGGCUGUUUACAAAGGUAGGCUCUUCAAUGGACAAGAGGUUGCUGUCAAAAGGUUAUCAAUGAAUUCUGGACAAGGAGAUUCAGAGUUUAAGAAUGAAGUGUUUUUAGUUGCUAAACUUCAACACAGAAAUCUAGUUAGAUUACUCGGUUUUUGCCUAGAAGGAAGAGAAAGACUUCUUGUAUAUGAGUUUGUUUGUAAUAAAAGUCUUGAUUACUUUAUUUUUGAUCAAGCAAAGAGAGCGCAAUUAAAUUGGGGAAAGCGCUACCUAAUCAUUUUAGGUAUUGCUCGAGGCAUUCUAUACCUUCACCAGGAUUCUCGAUUUCGUGUUAUUCAUAGAGAUCUCAAAGCAAGUAAUAUUCUCUUGGAUGAACAUAUGAAUCCUAAGAUAGCUGAUUUUGGCAUGGCAAGACUUUUUGGUGUUGACCAAACCCAGGAAAACACAAAUAGAAUUGUGGGAACUUACGGAUAUAUGGCACCUGAGUAUGUAAUGCACGGACAAUUUUCGGUAAAAUCAGAUGUCUUCAGUUUUGGUAUAUUGGUUCUUGAAAUUGUAAGUGGUGCUAAAAAUAGUAGCAUUCGUGAUGGGGAGAAUACAGAAUAUCUCUCAAGCUUUGCAUGGAGAAAUUGGAGAGAGGGGACUGCAACAAAUAUCAUAGACUCGACAUUAAACAAUGAUUCACGAAAUGAAAUACUAAGAUGUAUCCAUAUUGGAUUACUUUGUGUUCAAGAGAAUAUAGUAAAUAGACCAACCAUGGCUUCUAUUGUAGUGAUGCUUAAUAGCGACUCUGUUACUCUUCCAAUGCCUUUUGAAGAUCUGAAAUCAUUAAGUGAUAGUUCAGCGAAGGAAUCGGUCAAUGGAGCUUCAAAUACAGAGCCUUUUCCUCGCUAGUUGUAAUUUUAAUCAUGAGAAUGUCGUAACAUUAGUGUUGUAAAUACUAGACUAUUGUAAAUAGCUUUUUUUUGUUUUGUUUUGGCUUAAGGUUGGUUAAAUAAUGUCAUUAGCUUAAGAAUAUUAUCUAUUUAAAUUUAGUAGCUCUUAUAUUGUUAUCACAUUACUGAAGUAUAUUGGUCUUCAUUACUCCAUGGUAUCAAAAUUUAUUCAAGAUUUGUAAACACUCGUAUCAUGUGUAGAUGUCCACUCCUUGGCUUGAGAGGGGUUUCUUAAGCUGUCAAAACGGGCGGCCCAGGCUAAAAAGUCCGGUUUGAAUAUGGGCUGGAAAAAUAGAGCCCGAGUCCGGCCCUUUACGGACUCCCGGGCUUACGGGCUAACAUGGA